AUGAUUCGCCGCGCGUUCAACGGCGCCGCCGUCGCCACCUCGGCCAAGUCGUCCUCCGCCAUGAAGAUGUCGUUCGAGUCGGAGAUCGGCGCGCAGCCUCCCCUCGGAUUCUGGGACCCGCUCGGCCUUCUCGCGGACGCGGACCAGGAGCGGUUCGAGCGCCUCCGGUACGUGGAGGUGAAGCACGGGCGCAUCGCUAUGCUCGCCAUCGCCGGUCACCUGACCCAGCAGAACGUCCGCCUCCCCGGCAUGCUGUCGAACUCGGCGGACCUGUCGUUCGCGGACAUGCCGAACGGCGUGGCCGCUCUGUCGAAGAUCCCCCCGGCGGGCCUCGCGCAGAUCUUCGCGUUCGUGGGCUUCCUUGAGCUGGCUGUGAUGAAGAACGUGGAGGGCUCCUUCCCCGGAGACUUCACGAACGGCGGCAACCCGUUCGCGUCCUCGUGGGACGCGAUGUCGGAGGAGACGCAGGCGUCGAAGCGCGCGAUCGAGCUGAACAACGGGCGCGCGGCACAGAUGGGCAUCCUGGCUCUGAUGGUGCACGAGGAGCUGAACAACAAGCCGUACGUGAUCAACGACCUCCUCGGCGCGGGAUACACCUUCAACUAGAUCACUCGUCCAUGCGUUCUUCAGAACGUUUUCACCGGUUUUGUUGCUGGAGGCGCUCUGUGAAUAGCGGUGUCGUGUUGUGACGUUAUUUUUUGUGGUUUCGUUCAGAAGCUGCAAUGAGGGGAGGGGACCCCUUCUUUCGUUAUAGGCUCCGGAACUAGAUGAUGCUCUGGUUCCGCGGCGUUUUAUUUUCAUUUGGGCUCAUAGAAGCGGUGUCAUUUCACCUUUUAGAAAGUUCCGACCGUGUAACCAACCCGCGGGUGGUUCGUAUGGUACACCCUCUAGCGUGAGGCGUGCGGUUACUGUUCGGAGGCCAGGGGGCUAGGAGAUUGGGGCCCAUGUCGUUGGUGUGUCGGCUGCGCCUGUUGUUGCGACGCUUUGGCCUUGUGGAUGGCGCCGGUUGUUGCUGUUACCCGUUUUGCCCUGUUUUUUGUCGUCGAGUCGUCGUGUCAAGCUUGACCAUGGUGCGUACACCCGAGAGGCGUGCUGCGUCGAUGGUAGUUGUUCUCGCUUUGCACCUCUUUGAACUGAACGGGACUCUGUGAAUGGAAACAAGGCUAUAAAUCGAACACCGAGAGAAGCUUGCACUGCUGUGCUUGCAAACGCUGUCGUUGUGUCUGUGAUUGCUGUAGCCUCUCGAUGAUGAUGCUCGACGUUUAGCACCCGUCCUGCAUAUGCAUCAGCACGUGAGGAAAAUUUGACUCGAUAACAGAGUGUCUUGGAUGUUUUGUGCAUGGGCUGUGCCCUGGCAUUCAUGAAACGGCCGUUCAUGGAACAGUUAUCUCGUAUCACGAAGGGAUUUCCGCCUCUCCCCUCCCUUGCUAUGUCGGGAGGGCGAACACACAGAUGGG